GCGUCGUUUCCGCUUCCGAUCCAGGCGCUGAGAGGGAAGAGGCGUCUCCUGUCCUCUGAGCCUCUUGGCGACGCGGUCGGGGCUUCGGCCGCCGGAAGAAGGAGGCUCUUCGAAGGCAGCUUGGAAAAGGGCAAGAUGUGGCACGAAGCCCGGAAGCAUGAGCGGAAGCUCCGUGGGAUGAUGGUGGAUUACAAGAAACGAGCCGAACGUCGAAGAGAGUAUUAUGAAAAGAUAAAAAAGGAUCCAGCCCAGUUCUUGCAGGUCCAUGGCCGCGCAUGCAAAGUCCACUUGGAUUCCGCUGUGGCUCUUGCAGCUGAAAGCCCUGUGAAUAUGAUGCCAUGGCAGGGAGAUACCAACAAUAUGAUUGACCGUUUUGAUGUACGAGCCCAUUUGGACUAUAUCCCCAUGUACACUCCUCCACUGUUGAACCCAAUAUCCCAAGAAAAUGAGUCUGAUGAAAGGAAAUGCAACUAUGAGAGAUACAGAGGUUUGGUGCAGAAUGACUUUGCUGGCAUCUCAGAAGAGCAGUGCCUCUAUCAGAUCUACAUUGAUGAGUUGUACGGGGGGCUCCAAAAGCCAAAUGAGGAUGAAAAAAAGAAGUUAGCAGAAAAAAAGGCCUCUAUUGGCUACACGUAUGAAGAUAGCACAGUGGCUGAACUUGAGAACCCAUCUGAGAAACGACCUGAAGAGGAAGACUCUGAGGAAGAUAGUAACACAGAUGAGGAUGAAGUCAUCCCUGAUAUUGAUGUUGAGGUUGAUGUAGAUGAGCUGAACCAGGAACAAGUAGCUGACCUCAACAAACAGGCAACCACUUAUGGCAUGGCGGAGGGAGACUUUGUCCGGAUGUUGAGGAAGGACAAAGAGGAGGCAGAAGCCAUUAAACAUGCCAAAGCCUUAGAGGAAGAGAAAGCCAUGUACUCGGGUCGCCGCUCUCGGCGACAGAGGAGGGAAUUCCGAGAAAAACGUUUAAAAGGAAGGAAAAUCAGUCCUCCGAGCUAUGCUCGGAGAGACAGUCCCACCUACGAUCCCUACAAACGCUCGCCCUCUGAAUCUACGUCUGAGUCCCGUUCCCGCUCUCGCUCGCCUUCCCCGGGCCAUGAGGAGAAGAUCACCUUCAUCACCAGCUUUGGGGGCAGCGAUGAGGAAGCAGCCGCUGCUGCUGCCGCCGCAGCAGCCGCCACUCAAGCCGGAGGAACUCCUAGGAAGGCUGUUUCCCUUGGCAAGGCACGCUCCGGCCAAGUGCAGCAAGGCAGCGCUGCGGCAGGUCAUAGCGCCUCCUCCCGGCGACGCUCCACCUCGUCCUCAUCCUCCACAUCCUCAAGCUCUUCCUCCUCAAGCUCCCGGUCCAGUUCGCGGUCUCACAGGGCCAGUGGGUACCACAGAGCUAGUCGCUACGGCCGAUCGCGCAGCCACAGGUACUCUCGGUCCCGAAGCAGGAGCAGGCGGUACUCUGCAGGAGGCUCAAGGGAUGGCCACCGUCACUCCAGGUCACGCUCAACAGAACGGGGCUGGCGAUAUGGCUCCCGCCGGAGGUCUAGAAGCCAUUCCCGGUCUGGAGAACGCUAUCGGUGGAGCAGCGGCAGAGGAGGGAGGCACUGGAGCAGCAGCAGAAGCAGCCGGAGCGACAGCGAGUUGCGAAGCCGUAGCCGGUCAGCAUCUCCAGCGCGAGAGAAACAGCUGAGGCCUCCGGCUUCUCCUGCAGUAGGGGAAAAAUUGAAAAAGGCUGAAACUGCUGGUGGUAAAGAGACAGGAGCUGCCAAACCAAAACUGACACCGCAGGAGAAGUUGAAGCUGCGCAUGCAAAAGGCGCUUAACAGGCAGUUUAAAGCAGAUAAAAAAGCCGCCCAGGAGAAGAUGAUACAGCAGGAACAUGAGAGACAGGAGCGAGAAGAUGAGUUACGUGCCAUGGCUCGGAAGAUCCGAAUGAAGGAGCGGGAGCGUCGGGAGAAGGAGCGGGAGGAAUGGGAGAGGCAGUACAGCCGCCAGAGCCGCUCUCCUUCCCCACGCUACAGUCGAGAAUAUAGCUCUUCGCGGAGGCAUUCGCGAUCCCGAUCCCGGAGUCCCCACUAUCGUCACUAGGGAGCGAUUUCUGGUGCAACGCUGUUGGCAAUCCUCUCUCUUCCUCACCACAUUUCACCCAGCCCCUUGUAACCAUGCUGUGAAAUAAUGCUGUAUAUUGCUGGUUUUGUUUUUAAGUUGUCAAAAAAUUAAAUUGAAAAAUAAAAAAACAAAAAAAAAA